UAAUUAAUUAGUCUUUUCAACAAGAAAUUAAAACCACUUCCUACUUCCUCCAUUCAAUUUUUUUUCAAACACCCUAAAGCCUCUUUAGGGUGGUGAGAAAGGGGAUUGGAAACCUCUCCCAUUUCCUCUUUCAAUCUCACUAUCAUUCCUUCAUCUUUCUUAUAUAUGAGGAAGUUGUGCCCUAACCUUGACAAUGAAGAUGGCCUUGAAACCGUUCUUGAGGUGCCGAUACCAGAAGAAAUGUUCACCCUUAUGGGCAGCAGUGCUAUAUUGCGUUGGCAUAAUUUGCGAACAUUCAUGAAAAAUCAAUCCCAUGGGAAAUACUCCACUUCUCAUCUCCCGUCAGGAUCAAAUAGUGAGUUUAUGGCAUUGCUUAAGCUUGUGGGUUCUCCUCUAAUCCCUCUUCAGGUUCACUGCGACUGUGCCCUCACUCGCCCGAUCAAAGAUUGUUCCAUCGAGGCUUCUACUGCGAAAUACAUUGUACAACAAUAUGUAGCAGCUAUCGGGGGACUAGCGGCAUUGAAUGCCGUGAAUAGUAUGUGUGCAGUAGGGCAGGUGAAGAUGGUGGGAUCUGAAAUGCACAAAGCCGAUGAUAACAGUGUUCAAACAACGACGAAAGUCAACAGUGAAGUUGGUGGAUUUGUUCUUUGGCAAAAGAAUCCUGACUUGUGGUACUUAGAGCUGGUUGUUUCCGGCUACAAGGUAAGCGCCGGAAGCGAUGGCGCUGUUGCAUGGAAUCAGUCCGGCUCUCAACCUUCUCAUGCCAAUAAAGGCCCCCCAAGACCCCUCCGUCGCUUCUUUCAGGGAUUGGAUCCGAGGAGCACAGCCAACUUGUUUUUGGACGCAGUAUGCACCGGAGAGAAAACCAUCAACAAAGAAGAAUGUUUCAUACUGAAGCUUGAAACGCCAGCAGAUAUUCUUCAAUCACAAAGCACAUCCCAAACUGAAAUAGUCCACCACACGAUAUGGGGGUACUUCAGCCAAAGAACAGGGCUUCUUGUCCAGUUUGAGGACACAAAAUUGGUGAAAAUGAAGGCCGCUAGAGGAGACGACCACGUUUUUUGGGAAACAACGAUGGAGACGUUGGUAGGGGAUUAUAGAUACGUCGAUGGCAUUAACGUAGCACAUGGUGGUAAGACAUCUGCAUUGUUAUUUAGGUAUGGACAUGCUUAUAAUCAAAAGCGAAGGAUUGAGGAGACGUGGGAGAUUGAUGAGGUUGACUUCAAUAUUUGUGGGUUGUCCAUGGAGUGUUUUCUGCCUCCUUCCGACCUCAAGAGGGAUGAUGGAGAACAAUAACAUGGACUGUUUCAAGUGACCAAGCCGAGAGCUAGCUACUCUUUUGUUCUUCAAUUGAUAACGCUAAUCAAACAAAUGCAUGUACAUAUAGCUAGGUAACAUAAAUUCGGUUUUUCCACCGGUUAAGUGGAAAUUUUUUACGAUG